CGCGGCGGUUGCUUCCGUCCCGGGGGCGGCGGACGCGGUACGGCGGCGGCGGGGGCGCGGGGCGAGCUCCGUUGUCCGCGCCGAGCCGAGCCGCCAUGAACUUCUUGCGGGGCGUCAUGGGCGGCCCCAGCGCCGGGCCGCAGCCGUCCGGCGCCGAGACGAUUCAGAAGCUGUGUGACCGAGUAGCUUCCUCCACGUUGUUGGAUGACCGGAGGGAUGCUGUACGUGCUCUUAAAUCACUCUCCAAGAAAUACCGCCUGGAGGUAGGCAUACAGGCUAUGGAACAUCUCAUCCACGUUCUUCAGACAGACCGUUCAGAUUCUGAAAUAAUUGGCUAUGCCUUGGACACACUCUACAAUGUAAUAUCGAAUGACCUAGAAGAGGAGGAGCAAGAUGAUUCUGAAGAAGAAAACUUACCAAAGCAAGUUGAUGAUUUGGGAAGUCAGUUCACAGAGAUUUUCAUUAAACAGCAAGAAAAUGUCACACUCUUGUUGACUCUUGUGGAGGAAUUUGAUUUCCAUGUUCGUUGGCCUGGAGUAAAACUACUUACAUCUCUUUUAAAGCAGCAAGGACCUCAAGUGCAGCAGAUAAUUCUUGUCAGCCCUAUGGGUGUUUCCAGACUGAUGGAUUUACUAGCAGACUCUAGGGAGGUUAUACGAAAUGAUGGAGUCUUGCUGUUACAGCAAUUGACAAAAAGUAAUGCAGCCAUACAAAAGAUUGUUGCCUUUGAAAAUGCCUUUGAGAGACUUCUGGAUAUCAUAACGGAAGAAGGAAACAGUGAUGGAGGAAUAGUAGUGGAAGAUUGUCUCCUCUUAUUACAAAACUUGUUGAAGAAUAAUAAUUCCAAUCAGAAUUUCUUCAAAGAAGGUUCAUAUAUUCAGCGUAUGAAGCCUUGGUUUGAAGUUGGAGAUGACAAUUGCGGGUGGUCUGCACAGAAAGUAACUAAUCUUCAUCUAAUGUUGCAGCUUGUGCGGGUACUUGUGUCUCCCACAAAUCCUCCUGGUGCUACCAGCAGUUGUCAGAAGGCAAUGUUUCACUGUGGGUUGUUACAGCAGCUCUGCACAAUCCUGAUGGCAACUGGAGUUCCUGCUGAUAUCCUGACAGAAACCAUUAAUACUGUAUCAGAAGUCAUUCGAGGAUGCCAGAUGAAUCAAGACUACUUUGCCUCUGUAAAUGCACCUUCUAAUCCACCAAGGCCUGCAAUUGUAGUACUCCUCAUGUCCAUGGUAAACGAAAGGCAGCCUUUUGUGCUACGUUGUGCUGUUCUCUAUUGUUUCCAGUGCUUUUUAUACAAAAACCAAAAAGGACAAGGAGAAAUUGUUUCAACGCUUCUGCCAUCUACUAUUGACGCUACAGGUAACUCUGUGUCAGCUGGUCAGCUGCUCUGUGGGGGCCUCUUUUCCACGGACUCUCUCUCCAACUGGUGUGCUGCUGUGGCCCUGGCCCACGCAUUACAGGAAAAUGCCACUCUGAAAGAACAGCUCCUGAGAGUUCAGCUAGCGACGAGCAUUGGCAACCCACCAGUGUCGCUGCUGCAACAGUGCACCAACAUCCUCUCGCAGGGCGAUAAGAUCGACAGACGGGGCAGCAAAGUACAGACCAGGGUUGGACUACUGAUGUUGCUUUGCACUUGGCUAAGCAACUGCUCGAUUGCUGUCACCCACUUCCUUCACAAUCCAGCCAAUGUACCUUUUCUCACAGGGCAGAUAGCUGAAAACCUUGGAGAAGAGGAGCAGCUCGUCCAAGGCCUGUGUGCACUCUUGCUUGGCAUUUCCAUCUACUACAAUGACAAUUCCCUUGAAAACUAUAGGAAAGAGAAGCUGAAACAGCUGAUUGAGAAGAGGAUUGGCAGGGAGAACUUCAUUGAGAAGCUUGGCUUCAUUAGCAAACAUGAACUUUACUCUAGAGCUGCUCAGAAACCACAACCUAGUUUUUCUAGCCCAGACCACAUGAUGUUUGAUCAUGAAUUUACCAAGCUUGUAAAGGAAUUGGAAGGUGUCAUAAGUAAAGCUAUUUACAAGUCUAGUGAGGAAGAUAAAAAGGAGGAGGAGGUCAAGAAGACAUUGGAACAGCAUGACAACAUUGUGACUCACUACAAAAAAGUCAUUAGAGAGCAGGACCAGGAGCUUGAAGAAUUAAAACAACGAAUUAACACUUUAACGUCUCAAAAUGAACAGCUCCAAGCAACAGUUACACAGCAAGUGUCACAGAUCCAACAGCAUAAGGACCAAUAUAAUCUCCUGAAAGUACAACUAGGAAAGGACACUCAGCAUCACAAUUCCCACAGUGAUACGUUUCAGAUGAAUGGCAUUCAGACGGAAGAAGUGAGCAAAUUGAAAGAGGAGUUGGAAGAAUGGAAAAACAAGCAUGAACUGCUGCAAGGGCAGUUACGGGAAAAGGAUUCUGUGAUUGAAAAAUUGAAGUCCUCACAGUUGGAAAUAGGAACAACACAGCAGUCUUCACAGACCAGCAAAUCUGGUGGCUUGGAGCACAAUAAUGAACUACAAAAGGAAUUAGAAAUGCUCAGGAGUCAGAUACAACUACAGUCUGCAGAAAUCUCUAAGCUUCAGAUGGAGAAUCAAAAGCUACAAGUAAUGAAUACAACUGCAGAUCCUGUGUCAGGAGACAGCAGUGCAAGAGCAGCAAAUAACUCUGAAUUGGAGGGACGCCUUGAGCAAGAAAUAAAAGAACUGAAGAGUGAAGUCAAAGCCCUUUCUGAGGAAAAAGAAUCACUAAAACAGCACCUGGAUUCAUCUAGUAGUACAGUUGCUAUCUUGCAAGAUGAGAAAAGUAAACUUCAGCAAGAAGUUGCAGAAUCAAAGAAAGAACAGGAUGAUCUUCUGGUGCUUUUGGCUGAUCAGGAUCAGAAGCUAUCUGCACUGAAGAUCAAAUUGAAGGAUCUUGGUGUACCGGUUGAAGAUGAAGAUGAUAUCGAAUCUGGAGAUCAAGGGGACGAAGAUGAGGAUGGGGAUGAAGAGGAGCAAGACUAGAAUGCUUUUGUGUGUUACCAUGAAAACUAGACUGCAUUGGGGGAAAAAAAGUAUUAUUGGUAUACAAAGCAAAACAUCUGCUUAUGAGAAACAGAUGGGAAAAUGGCAACUGUGGGACUAGUUAUGAGUUACUGAAGUGUUUGAAAACCCUUCAUACUAGGUAAAGCAAACAAAAAUCACUGUUAAAGUUCUACAUGAGUAUCCCAAAUUGUACUUGCUUAGAAGUUGCUUUAGACACUGUUUAAAGCAUGGGGAUGACAAUGUUGCUGCCUCAGUUCAUUGUCACGGACGGAAGUUCUGUGCAUUUGUCUAUGGUUUUAACCUUCUUGAACUCUUAACAUAAUUAAAUACAAAACUAUUUGGUUUAA